AUGUUGACUAGCGUUCUCUCCUUCACGCCCGAGCAGGCAGCCACCGUCACGGAGUACUGCACAAAUCAUUCUGAGGAUGUCUCUCCCAGCCUCAAGGAGCUUUGGGACCGGACUGUGUCCGAGUUUGACGACUCGGACAAGAUGUCUUCACCGCUCCAGUCCGCCACGUUCAAGUUUCUCGCUGAACUCUUGAGACCUCGGAGGAUCCUUGAGAUCGGUUGCUACACGGGGUAUAGCGCCCUGACGUGGUACGAAGCCACGAUCAACACCCGUGCUGAGAUCACGUCCCUCGAGCUGGACUCCAAGAUGAUUGCCGCCUCGAAGAGGACCUUUGCUCGCUACGGCGUCGAGGACCGCGUCAAGCUGAUUGAAGGGCCUGCCCAGGAGUCCCUCCAAAAGCUGACAGGCACUUUCGAUCUCAUCUUCGUCGACGCUAACAAGGACGGCUAUGAAACCUACGUCAAACAGAUCCUCGACAAGAAUCUUCUUGCUCGGGACGGUGUCAUCAUUGCCGACAACAUCUUCGCCCGCGGCAUGACCAUCUCCGAGGACUGCAAUCCCCACCUACCCGAGAAGGUGCGGCCUUAUUGGACCGCCAAUGGCAAAGCUCUCCAGAAGUUCAACACUUUUCUGAAGAAUGAUCCUAGGGUUGAUGUCGUUCUCCUGCCGGUCUUUGAUGGCCUGACUUUGAUCAAGCUGAAGCCCCUCCUGAACUAG